AUGACAAAUCGAGGAAGAGGAGGAGAGACCCUGCCCGGAGGAAGCCCGGGGCCCCCGUCUGGAGCCAGGCUCAGAGGGAGGGCUCGUCGGCGAGCGCCUGGUGGCCGGGUUUGCCACGGAGCCCGGCCGGGCUCAGCCCGAAGAAGCAACGUGGCACCCCCCUCUCCAUCCUUUGGACCCACCAUCCAUCGGAAGAUCCGCAGGGGUCGGGUGCGCUGCCACAUGGGUGGCAGUGAAGGUCAGGGACCUCGACGGACCAGACCCGGGCAGCAGAGGCUGGCUCUGGGGACAUGGAACGUCACCUCUCUGUGGGGGAAGGAGCCGGAACUUGUGCGGGAGAUGGAGCGCUACCAAUUAGAUCUGAUGGGGCUGACCUCCACGCACAGUCUCAGUUCUGGAACCGUACUCCUUGAUAGGGGAUGGACACUAUUCUUCUCUGGAGUUGCUCAAGGUGUGAGGCACAAGGAAACAUGGGAGAACACCGGAGGAUCAGGACAGGGAAUGAUGAUACCUGCAUCUAGGAGAGAGUCAAACACAGGUUCACUCACCCUCUUCCUCCGUUUUGUCGGCUGGGCUCACCCUCCAGUCCUCUCCUCUCCAGGCUUCCCCCACGGUGUCCUCCCUGUUCUCCCUUGCCUCCUCUCUUCCUCGGCCCCAGUGUUCCCCGGCUCUCUGGUCCCAGUCUCCCCGGCAUCCACCUCUCCCUACACUCCAUCCCUCACCCUUCAAUAAACCU